AUGGAAGAGAGCAAGGCUGUACCAACUGGAAUGUUUAAGGGGUUGACAAGAGAGUUUAUACGUUUCUUGGCAAUGUUUGGCGAGUAUGAAGCUGGCAAGUCAGUAGUUCUUUUGAGCAGCAAGACCGUAUUAAACUCGCAAGAGAUAUUAUGUUCAAGCACUAUCGUAGCAAUUCUCAUGAUAGGUUCAGCCGCCAUUUUUCGAAAACAACUAUCCUCAAUCUUUGUCAAUCAGCAACCUUUACGAGCAUUAUCUUCAGCUAUGACCGCCGCCUCGUUUUAUGAUCUCCAAGCUACGACUCUUACCGGCAAGCCCUUCCUGUUCGCUGAAUUGAAAGGCAAAGUGGUUUUGGUCGUCAACACUGCCUCAGCUUGUGGCUUUACUCAUCAAUAUGCUGGUUUGGAAAAGAUGUACCAAGCUUUGAAGGACAAGGGGCUUGUUGUCAUUGGCUUCCCUUGCAACCAAUUCGGAUCUCAAGAAUCUGGUACUGAAGAAGAAAUCGGCCACUUCUGUCAAAAGAACUACGGUGUCACAUUCCCAAUCAUGAGCAAGAUUGAUGUCAAUGGUGACAAUACUCAUCCAGUAUACCAAUGGUUGAAGGCUCGCAAGUCUCAAUUUGGUUUGGAAAGGAUCAAGUGGAAUUUUGAGAAGUUUUUGGUCGAUAAAAACGGAGAAGUAGUCCAACGGUACAGCUCCGUCGCAACUCCUGCUGAAAUCGAGAAAACCGUUGAGGCCAUGUUGUGA